AUGCCGUUCCACACCACCCUCCCCAGCGUUCCGGAGAACUACUCUCUUCUUCCCAAUGGCGACCGCGACUCCCUCGAAUUUGGAGAGGGCGACAACAAGCACGAUGAAGUGACUCGUGGCGACUGGUCCCAUCGUCCAGCGUCGUCGCGUGCGCCGUCCUGCCUCACAUGGACCCUCGCCCUCCUCGUUCUCGUAGCCGCGACAGACGGCAUCGCCCUCUUUGCCAUGCACCGGAUCCUCGACACCACCUACGCCUCGCUCUCCCCAGGCGAGCUCGAGUUCGCCUCACCCUACCACGGCCUCGACACGCUCUACCGCUCCGGACGCCAGCAACCCCCGACCCUCGCCCCCGCGCUCACCCUCCCCCGGCUCGUCGCCCAAGUCUUCCCCGACCGCCCGCGCGAGCCCGCGCCGGUCGGCGAGCACGAGUACUUCGCGCGCGCCUUCGGGACGCUCAACCCGCGCGAGCGCCGCCUCCACGUCGCGCCCGCCGUGCACACCGUUGCGCAGUUCCGCGCGCUCGACUUCGGGAUGGACGAGUGCUCGCUCGUCGUCCACCUCCCCGGCCCCGCGGACCCGCUCGAGGGCCCGGAGGCGGAGCCGUUCCGGUGGAGCGGCGACGACGAGCCGCUCGAGCUCGAGGUGACGAUGCUCGACGCGGGCGACCGCCCGGUGGACGUCCGCGCGCUCUCGUACGCGACGCGCCCGCGGGCGAAGGCGGGCGAGCCCGUGCGGCGCGUGCGCCCGCGGCGGGGCGAGGAGACCGAGGUCGGGCGUUUCCCGUGCAAGUGGGGCACGAUGCCGACGUUCGAGGUCGCGUGCGCGCCUGGCCAGGGCUCGGGUUGCCUGCUCGACGUGUGGACGACGCAGAACACGACGUAUGGCAUGUACAUGUAUCAGUAUCAGACGAUUUGA